GGCCAGCCGGGGUGAGAGGUCAGCAGGAAGUCGAUACGUGGCCGCCGCCUGUCCCCGCCGAGGAGGCGCAGCAGCCCGGAGAUGGCGGCGGUGCUGAGCGCGGAGCGCCUGGAGGUGUCGGUGGACGGCCUGACGCUGAGCCCCGACCCGGAGGAGCGGCCGGGCGCGGAGGGCGCCCCGCUGCUGCCGCCGCCGCGGCCGCCGCCCUCGCCGCCCGGGGCCGGCCGGGGCCCGAGCGCCGCGGGGAGGCAGCCGGAGCCCGGGGCGGCGGCGGGGGGCGCGGCGGAGGAGGCGCGGCGCCUGGAGCAGCGCUGGGGCUUCGGGCUGGAGGAGCUGUACGGCCUGGCGCUGCGCUUCUUCAAAGAAAAAGAUGGCAAAGCAUUUCAUCCAACUUAUGAAGAAAAGCUGAAGCUUGUGGCACUGCAUAAGCAGGUUCUUUUGGGCCCGUAUAAUCCGGACACUUGUCCUGAGGUCGGAUUCUUUGACGUGCUGGGGAACGACAGGAGGAGAGAGUGGGCGGCGCUGGGAAACAUGUCCAGAGAGGACGCCAUGGUGGAGUUUGUCAAGCUCCUGAACAGGUGCUGCCACCUCUUCUCCACGUACGUCACCUCCCACAGGAUCGAGAAGGAAGAGCAAGAGAAGAAGAGGAAGGAGGAGGAGGAGCGCAGGCGGCGAGAAGAGGAGGAAAGAGAACGGCUGCAGAAGGAGGAAGAGAAACGCCGGAAGGAAGAGGAGGAGAGGCUCAGGAGGGAGGACGAAGACAGGCGGCGGCUGGAGGAGGAGAGGCUGCGGCUGGAGCAGCAGAAGCAGCAGAUAAUGGCGGCUCUGAACUCGCAGACCGCCGUGCAGUUCCAGCAGUACGCCGCCCAGCAGUACCCGGGCAACUACGAGCAGCAGCAGAUCCUGAUCCGCCAGCUGCAGGAGCAGCACUACCAGCAGUACAUGCAGCAGCUGUACCAGGUGCAGCUCGCACAGCAGCAGGCAGCAUUACAGAAGCAGCAAGAGGUAGCAGUAGCUCCUUCGCCGACAUCCUCGAAGAUGAAUGCAGCUGGACCCAGCGACAUGAUGUCAGUCAAUGGACAGGCCAAAACCCACACUGACGGCUCCGAGAAAGAGCUGGAGCCCGAAGCCGCCGAAGAAGCGCUGGAGAACGGACCAAAAGACUCUCUUCCAGUAAUAGCAGCUCCCUCCAUGUGGACGCGCCCCCAGAUCAAAGACUUUAAAGAGAAGAUCCGGCAGGAUGCGGACUCCGUGAUCACGGUGGGCCGAGGAGAGGUGGUCACGGUCCGUGUGCCCACCCACGAAGAAGGAUCGUAUCUCUUUUGGGAAUUUGCGACAGACAGUUACGACAUUGGGUUUGGGGUGUAUUUUGAAUGGACAGACUCGCCGAACACGGCCGUCAGCGUGCAUGUCAGUGAAUCCAGCGACGACGAGGAGGAGGAAGAAGAAAACAUCACUUCUGAAGAGAAGGCCAAAAAGAACGCCAACAAGCCGGUGCUGGAUGAGAUUGUGCCUGUGUACCGGCGGGACUGUCACGAGGAGGUGUACGCCGGCAGCCACCAGUACCCAGGGAGAGGAGUCUACCUCCUCAAGUUCGACAACUCCUACUCUCUGUGGAGGUCCAAGUCCGUCUACUACAGAGUCUACUAUACGAGAUAAAGAUGUCGCUGCAGAGUCUGGAGUCUGGGGUUGGGCCGAAGAUGGUAUUUAGUUGGGAAGUUGCUUUGGACUUUGGUGGAGCAUUGCAGUCGGUGUGUGCCCGUUGGUUGUGGUCUGAUGGUCUGUGAACUCUCGUUGGGGAUCAGGACUUCCUGGAGACUCUUGAGCGUUAAUACUUUGGGGUCAAAGGGGUUCCUCAGACUUACCCCGCUGGUAGGUGCCGGCCAGCUGCAUCCCUAGAGGAUGCUGAAGUUCCAUGAGCUGCGUGUUAAAUCUAAACAAACACCCCGAGGUGGAGCCCCCGGGCUCGUCCCCUGCUACCUGCUCGAUGUACCCGCAGUCACCGCGCCCUCUCGGGAAAUCCUCUGUUCGUGUGCCACAUUGAGGUGCACAACUUGGAAAGUCACCCUUUUUAAAACUUAAAAACUUGAGACCUCACAGAUUAUAAUAGGAAAUAAUUGCUUCAAUCCGAUGUGGUUGUGAAUGGGCCAGAUUGGUUUUUGCUUUGGCAACAGCUAUUCAGUUCAGAGUUACAUUGCACACAGGGAGUUAUUUUCUAAGAUAAUCUUAAAACAGAAUGUCCAAACCCGAUUGCUGAUCAGAGUGUCAGUACACAUAGACCACCUCAGACACCCCCCCAGCUCACGGUCCUCUUCAUUGGGUAUCGAUAUGCCAUGGCAGACCAAAAGGAACUCAUUUUCGUCUUGAUUUGGCUUUAUAUAAGAGCAUCUCAGAUUGGAACUGUUUUCUACACAAGCAUAUAGUUAACGUAAACCGUUUUAUAAACUCAAAUUGCCACCUUCUGAAUUAAGAAUACAUGAAGUCAUUUCAGUAUCAUUCAGUGUAUGAAGAAUAACAUUGCACUAAUGUGGACAUCACUGCCAGACACGGUCCAUUUUUAAUUUGUUACUACUUCGGCACAGAGCCCCCCCCAUGACUUCCGUUUGGAAUUCCUAGAGAAGUGGAGCCCACGCUUCAGUUCCUGACGGCUUUAUCCUGUAUUAUGUCUUUAUUGAUGGGAAGAGGUACACCUUUGUUUUCUCCACUGAAAACAAACGCGGGUCAAUUAAUUGCCUCCAAUAUACAUACGUGAUUGACUAGCGUAGAGAUUCUUGUUUUCAAAAGGAAGGGUCGUACAGAUAGCAAACGACAGCGACGGCAAUGCACACCUGGAAUGUUACUACAUGCUGUUACUGAAAUACUUGGGGGUUUUGCCUGUCGGAUCACAAUCACCUCCGUGGGAGGGCCCUCUGCGGUGGUCACCUGCACUACGUCAGGAAGGGGCUGCUGGUUUUGCGUGCUGCGUUCUUUCUGUUGUUUUUUUUUUUAAUACCCAGUUUUGUACAUACCUGACUGUUCUCUUUGUUUGGAAACUGGAUUAUUUUUCCUAAGAAGUGCUCACCCUGUGUGUUUUCCGUUCGACCAGUGACAGCUCACAGACGUCCACGCUGUUACAUCAGAGCACUUGUCCACUGUCCGUCCGUCCGUCCGCUCUCGUGUACAUACGUACGGGCUGGGAACCACGGGGUUAGGCACUUCCGGGCUGUUCUGUUGUGUUUUGUUUUGUUUUUUUUUAACGAGAAAAUACUGUAUUUAAAAUGUAAAAUAAACUUUUAAAAAGCAGGCACUAAUAUAUAUUUCUUCCAGCCUUUGAUUACAGACCUGCCCCCGCACACGUUAAGGUGAAUCGUCUCCUGGAAACGCCAUUGUUCUCGGGAGCAGUGCGUGUGGCCUCACAUAGCUGCGGUUCCGGUCACGUGUCCGUUCAGGACCUUUUGGGUUUCGACUUUUAUAUUGCCUUUGGCUGUGGAUCAGUACAGCUCAAACGCGAUUUCAAAGAGAUCUUGAAAAAUAUAUAUAUAUAUAUUUAAUCAAUUAAAAUGUUUAUCUGUAA